CGCCCUCACACGGAGCGCUGCUGAGACAGUCGACUGGAUAACAACACAGAAAGAGAAAUUCUGUCAGUGAAAUAAGAUGGAUGGAGACAAGGCUCAAUAUUCACGCCUUAUGGAGUCUCUGAAGAGGAGACAGCGGCUAGGCCCUGACGAGCUUAGACUUAUUGCUGAACAUGACAGCGAUGAAGAUCAUGAAGGCAUGACCAUUGAAGAGGAGGACUUCAUGGACAUGGAGCUCCUGGAUGAAGGGGAAGAAGAGGAUGAAGAGGAGCAAGAUGAGCAGAGGGAUCAACCAACAACCUCCUAUCGGUAAAUGCAUGUAUUCCAAUAGUGUGUAUUUGUAAAUGUGUGUGUGUACAUAUAUGCUGACAAUAAAUGUCAGCAUUUGCACCCACACACACAAUCAGGGCUGCCAACAAAAAGUUAAAAUUAACAAAAGAGUACAAA